AAGUAUUUGUAGGUCUUUGGUUUCCUUCCAUUCAUGACAAGAUGAACAACAAUGACCAAUAAUCUGUGACCAGUUUGGCACAUCUAGGAGAAUGGAUUUGGAGCAUGAGGAUUCAACUGCAGAGGGGUCUGAGUUUGGAGAGGAGGAUGAUGAGACAGAGAGGAAUUCCAUACGAAAGGAACUGUCUGGGCUGAGCUUUGAAGAACUUCAGGCCUUGAAGCAGGAAUUGGGUUCAAAGGCAUAUAACUUGGCAAUGUUUGGGUCCCAGAAAAAACAGCCAUCAUUGCCUCCUCGUGCCAACAAAAACAGGCCCAGAGAGGUUUCAUCAAAGGUUCCUGUGGGGAUACGGAGGAAUGUGGUGGAGGUGAAAAAGAAGGUGGUCAGAGACCCUCGUUUCCAUGAAUCCUCAGGUUCCUUCAAAAAGAAAGCUUGGAAGGAAGCAUAUGACUUCAUUGAGGAAAUGAAGGAGAAAGAGAUGAAGUUACUCCGAAAACAGCUCAAAGACCCCAGUCAUGAUGGUAAUACACAAAGGAGCAUCCAUCUCACUCUCCAACGAAUGGAAAAUCAGAAGAGGGAAGCCCUGAGGGAGGAAAUGGAGGAGAAACAAAAGGAGGAAGAGAAGCAGAGCAAUAUUCAGAGGAUGAAGGAAGGCAAGAAGCCUUUCUUCACCAGAAAGUCAACAAGGAGGAAGCAGCUUCUGAAGGAGAAGUUUGAGGACUUGCAGAAGAAGGGUCAGUUGGAGAAGUACAUAAAGAACAAGCGCAAAAGACUGGCUGCACGAGAUCGCAAGCAUGUUCUGUGAUGCUCAGAUGUCAUCUGUGAUUCAUGUUCAAGAAACCAGAACCCUGAAUGCUUCAUCAGGAUGCCGUUAUGUUGGUUUAAUAUGAAAAUGAACGUUUUUUUCAGACUUAU